GAGCCUCAGCAGAAAGCUCCUUUAGUUCCUCCUCCUCCACCGCCGCCGCCACCACCACCACCUUUGCCAGAACCCACACCCCCAGAGCCAGAGGAGGAGAUCCUGGGAUCAGAUGAUGAAGAGCAAGAGGACCCUGCGGACUACUGCAAAGGUGGCUAUCAUCCAGUGAAAAUUGGAGACCUCUUCAAUGGCCGGUAUCAUGUUAUUAGAAAGCUUGGAUGGGGGCACUUCUCUACUGUCUGGCUAUGCUGGGAUAUGCAAGGGAAAAGAUUUGUUGCAAUGAAAGUUGUAAAAAGUGCUCAGCAUUAUACAGAGACAGCCUUGGAUGAAAUAAAAUUGCUCAAAUGUGUUCGAGAAAGUGAUCCCAGUGACCCAAACAAAGACAUGGUGGUCCAGCUCAUUGAUGACUUCAAGAUUUCAGGCAUGAAUGGGAUACAUGUGUGCAUGGUCUUCGAAGUGCUUGGCCACCAUCUCCUCAAGUGGAUCAUCAAGUCCAACUAUCAAGGCCUCCCUGUACGUUGUGUGAAGAGUAUCAUUCGACAGGUUCUUCAAGGGUUAGAUUAUCUACACAGUAAGUGCAAAAUUAUUCAUACUGACAUAAAGCCAGAAAACAUCUUGAUGUGUGUGGAUGACGCAUAUGUGAGAAGAAUGGCAGCCGAGGCCACUGAGUGGCAGAAAGCAGGUGCUCCUCCUCCUUCGGGGUCUGCAGUGAGUACGGCUCCACAACAAAAACCUAUAGGAAAAAUAUCUAAGAACAAAAAGAAAAAACUGAAAAAGAAACAGAAGAGGCAGGCCGAGUUAUUGGAAAAACGCCUGCAGGAGAUAGAAGAAUUGGAGCGAGAAGCUGAAAGGAAAAUAAUAGAAGAAAACAUCACCUCAGCUGUACCUUCCAAUGAGCAGGAUGGUGAAUACUGCCCAGAGGUGAAACUAAAAACAGCGGGAUUAGAGGAGACGGCUGAGGCAGAGACUGCGAAGGACAACGACAACGACAACGGUGAGGCUGAAGACCAGGAAGAGAAAGAAGACACUGAGAAAGAAAAUAUUGAGAAAGAUGAAGAUGAUGUUGAACAGGAACUUGCGAACAUAGACCCCCCAUGGAUAGAAUCACCCAAAACCAACGGGCAUAUUGAGAAUGGCCCAUUCUUACUGGAACAACAGCUGGAUGAUGAAGAGGAUGAUGAAGACGACUGCCCAAAUCCCGAGGAAUAUAACCUUGAUGAGCCAAACGCAGAAAGUGAUUACACAUAUAGCAGCUCUUAUGAACAAUUCAAUGGUGAAUUGCCAAAUGGACGACAUAAAAUUCCUGAGUCACAGUUUCCAGAGUUUUCCACUUCAUUGUUCUCUGGGUCCUUAGAACCCGUGGCCUGCGGCUCUGUGCUUUCUGAGGGAUCACCGCUCACUGAGCAAGAGGAAAGCAGUCCAUCCCACGACAGAAGCAGGACGGUGUCAGCCUCCAGUACUGGGGAUUUGCCAAAAACAAAAACCCGGGCGGCCGACUUGUUGGUGAAUCCUCUGGAUCCACGGAACGCAGAUAAAAUUAGAGUAAAAAUUGCUGACCUGGGAAACGCUUGUUGGGUGCAUAAACACUUCACGGAAGACAUCCAGACACGGCAGUAUAGAUCCAUAGAGGUCUUAAUAGGAGCAGGUUACAGCACACCUGCUGACAUCUGGAGUACGGCAUGUAUGGCAUUUGAGCUGGCAACAGGAGAUUAUUUGUUUGAACCGCAUUCUGGGGAAGACUAUUCCAGAGACGAAGACCACAUAGCCCACAUCAUAGAGCUGCUAGGCAGUAUCCCAAGGCACUUUGCUCUAUCUGGAAAAUAUUCUCGGGAAUUCUUCAAUCGCAGAGAUCACAUAGCAUUGAUCAUUGAACUGCUGGGGAAAGUUCCUCGAAAAUACGCUAUGUUGGGGAAAUAUUCCAAGGAGUUUUUCACCAGAAAAGGAGAACUGCGGCACAUUACCAAGCUGAAGCCGUGGAGCCUCUUUGAUGUACUUGUGGAAAAGUACGGCUGGCCCCAUGAAGAUGCUGCACAGUUCACAGAUUUCCUGAUCCCGAUGCUAGAAAUGGUUCCAGAAAAACGAGCCUCCGCUGGCGAAUGCCUUCGGCAUCCUUGGUUGAAUUCGUAGCGUACUCUACCAAUAUAGCAUUCUGAGCUAGCAAAUGUUCCCAGUACAUUGGACCUAAACGGUGACUCUCAUUCUUUAUCAGGAUUACAAGUGAGCUGGCUUCAUCCUCAGACCUUUAUUUUGCUUUGAGGUACUGUUGUUUGACAUUUUGCUUUUUGUGCACUGUGAUCCUGGGGAAGGGUAGUCUUUUGUCUUCAGCUAAGUAGUUUACUGACCAUUUUCUUCUGGAAACAAUAACAUGUCUCUAAGCAUUGUUUCUUGUGUUGUGUGACAUUCGAAUAUCAUUUUUUUUGAACGAAAAAUACUUUCCCAUUUGUGUUUUGGCAGGUUUUGUAACUAUUUAUGAAGAAAUAUUUUAGCUGAGUACUAUAUAAUUUACAAUCUUAAGAAAUUAUCAAGUUGGAACCAGGAAAUAGCAAGGAAAUGUACAAUUUUAUCUUCUGGCAAAGGGACAUCAUUCCUGUAUUAUAGUGUAUGUAAAUGCACCUUGUAAAUGUUAAUUUCCAUUAAAUAUGGGAUGGGGACUCAAAUUUCAGAAAAGCUACCAAGUCUUGAGUGCUUUGUAGCCUAUGUUGCAUGUAGCAGACUUUAACUGCUCCAAGGCGUUGUGCAAACUUUUCAUUCCAUAAUAGUCCUUUUACAUUGGAUUUUAAACAAAGUGGCUCUGGGUUACAAGAUGUCAUUCCCUAUAUGGCACUUUAAAGGAAGAAAAGACAUGCUUUUUAUUCUAAAAUAUGUAUUAUAAUUAAGCAGUCCCAUUCGUAUUUUUGCGUAUUUUUAAAAGUAAUUUUAAAGAAAAAGUGAUUUCCCUUUAAAAAUGUGAUGGCCCAGUACCAUGUGGUGUUGCUUCCUCCAAGCACUGUAAGUUAAACUCUACGUAGAUUAAAUUGGACAAGAGAAACAUGUUCAGUGUGUGGAAUGAAAAACAUUAUAUAUAUUUUUGGGAAAGCAUGAUGGUGUUUGUCUAAAACACAAGGUAUGGUACAUACAGUUUGCAAUGCAGUGGGCAGAAUACUCCUUAGCUCCAAGGUAACAGUGACCACAUUCAUUCCAUGGGCAGCUUUAUGUGUGGCUACGACAGACUUUUUACUAAGCUUUUUCAUUGUCUUUCCAUGAAUUGAAGUUGAGAAAAUGAUUUUCCCUUUGCAGGUUGUACAGUUUUGUUUAUGCAUUUCCUUAAAAUUGUAGAAUCCAGGACACAAACCAUAGUAGGCAAUACAAUUUUAGAAUGUAAUAUAUAGAGGUAUAUUUAGCCUCUUUUAGAAGUCAGUGGAUUGAAUGUCUUUUUAUUUUAAAUUUUACAUUCAUUAAGGUGCCUCGUUUUUGACUUUGUCCAUUAACAUCCAUAUGCCUUUGCAAUAACUAGAUUGUGAAAAGCUAACAAGUGUUGUAACAAUAAUCCAUUGUUUGAGGUGCUUGCAGUUGUCUUAAAAAUUAAAGUGUUUUGGUUUUUUUUUCCAGA